UACUCUGUGGGUAAACAAUCGUUCCACGACUCAAUUCGUAUAAUUCCCAGUGUACCCUGCAAAUUAUUAGUAAAUUACAAAUAAAUAAUUCCAAAGACGGUGGUUUUACACGGUUGACGAGUCGCAGCAGACUAGACUUGAAUCGUCGAGGUCCGGUGGCCCGUCGACCAGUGGCAUGAAGUGGAUCACCGGAGCGCAACGAAAAGUAAUUUGUACAAAAAACUAAAUUCAGGCUCAUUGCGAACGGCGCGUUGUUCGUGAUGUUUUGUCUGACCGCACAAUAUAUCGGCGGUCAUUGUUGCUACCCGUUUUUUCUAACUAUUCUAACUUAUAAUGCCCCGGUAAUGUUCCGCGUGCCUAUCCAGUUACUGAACCUUCCAUUUUAGUUUAAAAAAGUUAUUUGUAAAUUGCACUGGAGUCAAUAGGUUUAACUAGUUAGUAAAAGCGACGUAUUUGAAUAAAGUGCUAUUAUUGUACGAAAAAAAGGUGGAUUCUUCGCAGGAUAUGGGUGUUUUUAAGUGGCUGCGCCGGGAACGCAUGACGGUGACGACCCGUCACAGCGUGAGUCCGGCGCCCGCCACGCCAGAGGAACAGUACGCCAAUAGCACCGCGCAGAUCGGCACGAUACGAACCGAGGAAUACAAGCGAGACCUGGCCGAGUUCCAGGCGAGGCGCUCCUUAGGGAACAAGGAGAAGGACACCCCCGCCAAGAAGAAAUGCGGCAGACACUCCCUGCCGGUCUCCUGUACCGACUGUUCGACAGACCACGACAACACAUUCAACUACGAGAAAAAAUCUGCUGUCAAAUAUAAAAAGAAGCAGAAUCGAGCACGAAGCACAACUCCAGAGAAGGUUUACGAAGGAGUCCCUAACAUACAAUUCCUUUUUCAAAAUCAAGUGUUUAUGCCAGGGAAUUUGUACCCUGGCUCAUCAUUCUCCGAGCCUCAUAAGUCCAAGCGCCACUCGCGGCACGUCUGCCGAUCUCCUGACAUGGAGUUUGUGGUACAGAAGCACAUAGACUUCAGAGAAGACGAGCAGAUUAACCCACCGCCAGAUUUCGACAAAAACAGUUCAUUACCUUACGAAGAUGGGGGAUUCAGGUCUUACGAUGAUGAAGUGGAUGGGCCGCGGGCGGCGGGCGAUGCGAAGGUGUCUAGUCAGUCGGAGAACAAGGACGACAGCUGCGAAGAGAAGCUGUGGGAAGUGAUGAGCGAGCUGAAACACUUCGAUCAAUGGGCGGAUGAGCAGCUGCAAGUGCGCUCGCCGAUAAGCAAAUCCGAUGAUAGUAAGAGUGAGACGAGCGCUUACGGCCUGCCCGUCGCAAGCGCUUGCAACCUCGACCUGAACAUAGACAGGAACAAGCCGUGGAACAACGGCCGCUGGGGCGUCGUGCCCGUGCAGAUCAAGAAACUGAACAACGUCACGCCCGAACAUGUUAGGAAGAAACGGAACACGGAGAUUAAUAUAUUGAGGAAAUGUCGUCACCCGAACAUAAUUCUGCUGAUGGGGCUCUAUCCGGACGCGCAGAACAAUAUUCAUAUAAUUUGUGAACGAUGCGUGGAGUCGCUGUUUGGCAUCAUACAUGUUCAGGGUCGAAUCUUAAGUGCGCAGACGUCGGUACAGUAUGCACUGGAUGUGGCCAACGCACUGGUGUUCCUGCGCAUGCAAGGCUACGUCCACACCGAGCUCAGCAGUAUGAGCGUCAUGGUCACCAGUCAUGAUGCUGCCAAGCUGUGCGACCUUGGACCCUGUGUCAGAAUCGCUAAAAAGGAGACCAGUCGGCGGUUUGAUACUUACACCGCUGAGCCACAUUAUGUAAAUAUUGAUGGUGAGAAAAACGCAUGGUUGUCAGGUGAUUUGAGCGCUAGCGAUCGUUUUUCGGACAAACAUGAUGGAGGUUCAAUCAAGACUGAUAAUAAAUCAGAAGUUAAAAACGUACAUUCAGCGCCCGAAACUCCUGCUACAUCGAUAUACGCCGUGCCUCAGAAGCAAAUUGUGUCUGAAAGUAAUUCGCCAACACGUGAAAAGGCCGAAGAAACUUCAGCUGAGAGUGUAGAUACAAUAAGGGAUAGCUACACUGGACUUAAAAGGGUCGAGCCGCCUUUAGAUUUUCUAUCGUCAGAAACGGAUGACACUCCGCGCGAGAGAACCAACUCGUGGGCAUAUAAAACUUCGAAUCGAGGCAAUCCUAAAUACAAGAUUGAAGACGAAAUAUUAGCCAAUCUUCAUGUGAAGCCGUUGGUGGCCAUCCACGAGAAAUGGAUCUACGAAGCAAACAAGAAGACUGGCCGGUCAAUGUCGCUGCCUGAAGAUAAUAGAUCUCACAUUCCGGCAGUUAAGCCAGCCUCACAUUGCGUCGAUACGUUCCAAAAGUCGUUACCGCAGCUGAAUGCAAAGAAGUCGCCGACCAAAGCUUUCCGAGUGCCUCCUUCAUCGCCAAACAGUUGUAGUAGAAAUGGUGGUCAGUGGGAUCAAUACUGCCAGGUGCGUGACACCGUCGCAAAGAAUAUGAAGAUGGGUCCAUACGACGCAGAGCGUUUACAAAGGCGAGAUUCAUUUAGCGGAUCAAGCGAUGAUAAAUCCCAAAGCAAAACAGACCAGGCGACGGAUACGCGAAGCAUAGAAGAGUUCAUACGCGAUUUAAUCCGCAAAGAGUUUCAACAUCUACUCCACGAGAUAUCUGACGACACAUCCACGGCGUCCACUCUCAAUAAGAAUGAAGAUUUAGUGAACAAAGGAGUUGCGAACAUCAUAGAAUCUCUAAACACACCAGAGGAGGAAAAAACAUUAAAAAAAGAGCCGGUGAAGUCAUUCUCGAGGGUGAAAAUCAACGGGAACAACAAGCCAUUGUUGCAGAUUACGUUCAGCCGAUCGGGAGAGAAUAGUCUGCAAGUGUUGGAUAAUUGUGUGAAUGUGACGAUAUGUGACAAUAACGCUGGUGGCAAGGAGAAGCUUAACGUAUCUUUAGAGGACACAUUGACCGAAGACAUGCACGUCAACUCGCUUAAACGAUGUCAGGCUUUCAAUGCUAUUCAGAAACACUUGCAGGAAGCUAGAAGCACGGAGGACUUGUACAUCGACGACGAUCUGUCAACGCAAAUGCAAGAGAACUUCGGCGGGAAAGUAAAGCUGAUCCCCUUACACGGCUCACUUCACGAGAUCCUUUGCGAGAAGGAGGACGACUGCUGCCUCAUUAAGGUGCGACAGGAGAACGGCUGCGACACCAUCUACUUCCGUUGCGACAACUCGGACACAGAGUCACGUGACGCCAUCGACGGAUGUGACGAUCGUCCCCAAGACACCGUCGUCUUCAAACGCAGCAUAUCCCUCAUCGAGGAGCGGAUACAACGCGUCUUCCCCAAAGACAAGCGAGCGCCGACUCCUAAAAUCAAGACGGAGAACGCCCGAGCACGUCCAAAGUCGGAAAUAUUCGUUCCCAUCAAAAAAGAGUCUAGGCUUAUGAGCAUAAGUAGUCCGUCACUAGCCAUGAAGGAUGACAAAGAUGAGGUCGAAGUGAAUAUAGAGAAUGUGAUGUGCUACCAAGACUCGUCUUCGGAUGAGUGCCUCAAAUGCCAGGAUAAUGACGACUUCGAACUACUGGAGCGGAAGAUUGAGGAAGAUAUGGCUAAUAACUUAGCGUCCCUGACUUGUGGAUGUCUCGAAAAGAUAUCUGAAGAGAACCUGUCUGUACUUAAUGAGGAGAUUACUGACAAGGACUAGUUUGUCCAUCUAUAAUUUAGGGCGUGGUUGCCGGCCUGACUAGCGGCUGAGUUUGGGCUGACUGACUGUUAAGCUGAAAUUUCCAGGCGAGCGUGAGGAGAGCUCGGCUGGCCGUAGCAACAUAGCCAAGUUGAGUCGAACAAACAAUAAAAAAGUUUAAGCAUUAUUUACAAAAAACUAGUGCCACAUUCAGGAAAAUAAAUAAAUAAAGGUACCCCUUUUAAAAUUCUUCGUACUUCAGAAUUUUCAACUACACCAAAUACGAUAGAUAUCUAAUAAGAAGCUUAAGUCUUCGGGUGUAGUUUUUUUUCCUUUGCUGAAUGUAGUAUUGAGUAAGGAUGUCUGUCAAUUAGAGUGGAGUAAGGGAACCGAGCGUAGCGAUAAUAACUAAUACUGUAUAAAUAAAAAUCUCUUUUUCCAUUCAACUUGAUCAACAUGGCGCAGGAGUGGAAAUUUUCAUAUUUUUUUCCGUGCAAAUCCAUGAUUAAAUAAUAACUGAUUUUCUAGCUUUGUUGAAUUGCUCCGCUUUUCUUGACAGGCGUUCUGAGCGCUAACAAACUGUCAGCCCAAAACUGAGCCAUACCCAUUCCCGGGAUAAAAUUAUGAUUUAGAAAUCCUAACGCAGUCCAAAGUACAAUAUAUUCAAUAUUUAAGCAUUGAAUGCUUACAUUGUCUGAUACUGCAUCUUGCUGUGACGCAGCGACAAUAAUUGUGACCGGUACAAAGUUGUCAAUUUUUAUAUGCGUAUAUACAUACUGGCGCGCCUGUACCGAUUAAUACGUAUGAGUGCACUCGGGAAGUGACACGUUGCGAGUUUUAUAGCGUCCAAGUAUCAUUUAAAUUUAAUUUUGUUUGGGAAAAAAAUCAUAAUCUCUUAGCACCAUUUUGAUUUUCAGUUUUUUUUCCCGCUCGUAAAAAUAUAACGACGUAUCGAGUACACUUCCAAAGGACGCAGGCGUCCUACUGAGUACACUCGGGUCACGUGUUCAUAUAAUCAAAGUAGUCAAUCAACUAGACUGUAUUAGCGCACUAGUAUCCCAAAACAAUAGUAAUUCGACGAUGCUAAAUCAUUUGCCAUAAUUAACAUUUCACAUCGGUUUUAAAUUAGAGUCCAAAGAUUCAUCGGUUUUCAUUUUGUUUAGUUGUAUUUAGUUUAGUGCAAGGCUAUGUGAUUUUUAGGCUAAGCGGCACAAAGCAUUCCACUGUUGUGAUUUUAGUAUAGCUAGCACUAAGAAUUUCUAAACGACACUUCUAUUUAUGUUUUAAAUAACACUUUUAAAAACAGGUUUGUAUUGAUUUUAAAUAUGUUAAAUAGACCAAAGUUAAUUAGUUGCCGGAUUUAUUUUUAAAGUAUAUUUGCGUAGUUUUGUUAGGUUGAUUUUAAAUUUUGUAUUCUGUAGAUUAUUUAGAAAGUUCCGCGUUUUAAGCAUUUGUUAGUCGAACGUGUGGUUGAUUUUAGAUCUGUUACAAUAAAACUUUGUACUUAA